AUCAGCACUGCCACCAUCGUCUUCUUUCCUAGAUCUAGAUCGGCGACUAAGGUGGACAGUAGCGAAAGCGGCUUAAGCUUCCUCGUUCUUCAAUUCGGCGGCUACCUUCAACCGCUACCCGACCAUUUGCAUGAGAUAGAGAAAUCUGGCGGAGAAUCAUUUGUUUGUGGGGGAGCAGCUCUGCUUCAGGGUCAAUCAUCUGUUUGACAAGAUAAAGGGAGGAGAAGGAACAGAGCGGCGGAGGAGGAGGAGCGGGCGAGAGAGAUAACAUAAGAGUUAGGGGGUGCAAUUGUUGGGAUGACAAAAUGGCGGGUCGGAUUUUAUUAUUUUUGGGUUAAUUUAGACUGAUUGGGCAAUUUCAAAUGACCAAA